CAAUUUUCCUGUAGGAGAGGAAAAAGAGACGGGAGAGAAACUUCACACUGAAAGAAAGUGGGGUUUUUUUUUGGUUUGUUUUUUUUAAAGAUGAAUACACCCCAGGAACUGUAAUCCAAAUGUUUCUCUGUUUGUGGAGAAGAUUUCAUUUUUGAAACAAGAUUUCUACGGAAGCUGGGUGUGUUCCACCAUCAUGUUCUGGAAGUUUGAUUUGAACACAACAUCGCAUGUGGACAAGCUGCUGGAUAAGGAGGAUGUGACGCUGCGUGAGCUGAUGGAUGAAGAUGACAUCCUACAGGAGUGCAAGGCACAGAACCGCAAACUGCUGGACUUCAUCUGCCAGCAGCACUGCAUGGAGGAGCUGGUCAACCUCAUCACACAUGAGCCCCCCAUUGACAUGGACGAGAAGGUCCGCUUCAAAUAUCCAAAUACUGCCUGUGAACUCCUGACCUCUGAUGUGCCACAGAUCAACGACAGACUAGGAGGGGAUGAAACUUUAUUGAAUAUCCUCUAUGACUUCUUGGAUCACAAGCCUCCUUUGAACCCUUUGCUUGCCAGUUUCUUCAGCAAAACCAUUGGGAAUCUCAUUGCAAGAAAAACGGAACAGGUGAUUGGAUUUUUGAGGAAAAAAGACCAAUUUAUUAGCCUGGUACUAAAGCAUAUUGAUACAUCUGCGAUGAUGGACCUGCUGCUUCGACUGAUCAGCUGUGUGGAGCCAGCACCUUUACGGCAGGAAGUACUAAAUUGGCUUAACGAAGCGAAAGUAAUUCAAAGACUUGUGGAGCUGAUCCAUUCGAGCCAGGAUGAGGAUAGGCAAUCAAAUGCUUCCCAAACCUUGUGUGAUAUCAUAAGACUGAGCAGAGACCAGGGCAGCCAAUUGCAGGAGAUAUCUGAGCCUGACCCGCUUCUCACAGCACUGGAGUCGAAGGAAUGCGUGGAGCAGCUUUUGAAAAACAUGUUUGAUGGAGACCAGACUGAAAACUGCAUAGUGAAUGGAACUCAGAUUUUAUUAACGUUAUUGGAGACGCGGCGUUCUGGAGUGGAGGGACUGGUGGACUCAUUCUCUCAGGGAUUUGAAAGGUCUUACACUGUCAAUAGCAGCAUCUUAAAUGGUAUUGAGCCUCGGCUAAAGGAUUUUCACCAGCUUCUACUCAACCCGCCCAAGAAAAUGUCAAUCCUGACGACAAUUGGUGUCUUGGAGGAGCCACUGGGGAAUGCUCGCCUUCAUGGAGCUCGACUAAUAGCUGCUCUGCUUCACACGAACACUCCCAGUAUUAACUACGAACUAUGCAGACUUAAUACCUUGGACUUAUUACUUGACUUAUUUUUUAAAUACACAUGGAAUAACUUUUUGCACUUCCAAGUGGAACUGUGCAUAGCAGCUGUUCUGUCACACUCUGUGCAUGAAGGAAAAUCAGUGAUGAAUGACCUGGAAAAUAAAGAGGAGGUGCUAAAUGGGAAUGUGACCACAGAGAACUUGAAGACUUUGGAUCAGGGUCCGGAGAAUGUCAUGGUGACACAUCUGUUCCAGAAGUGCUGCCUGUUGCAAAGGAUAUUGGAUGCCUGGGAAGCCAAUGACAAAAUACAGGCAGAAGGUGGAAUGAGGCGAGGGAAUAUGGGUCACCUGACCCGAAUAGCCAAUGCUGUGGUACAGAAUGUGGAGAAGGGCCCCAUGCAGACCCAGAUCGGCGAGUUCAUUAAAGAGCUACCUGAGGACUGCAGAGGGAGGUGGGAGAGCUUUGUAGAAGAGACGUUGAGAGAGACAAACCGGAAGAAUACCGUGGAUUUGGUGAGCACCCACCAUCUGCAUUCUUCCAGUGAGGACGAGGACAUUGAGAGCUCUUUCCCCAACGAACUCUCCCUCCAGCAGGCAUUCGCAGAGUACCAGAUCCAACAGAUGACGGCCAACUUUGUGGAUCAGUUUGGCUUCAACGACGAAGAGUUUGCAGACCAGGAUGACAAUAUCAAUGCGCCUUUUGACAGGAUUGCAGAGAUAAACUUCAGCAUAGAUGCGGAUGAUGACAGUUCAAAUGCAUCCCUUUUUGAGGCCUGCUGCAAUGAACGGAUCCAGCAGUUUGAUGACAAGGAGGAGGAGGAAGAUAUCUGGGAGGAGAAAGAAAUAACCUAUGCAACCCAAGUCAAAUCAAGAACACGAUUUGGAGUGUCUCAGACCUCAGAGAGUUCCUCAAAAAGUGACCUAGAGAAUGGGGAUCAUGAUGGCAGCGUGGACUCAGAGGAAGAGGAAACAGACGAACAUACAACACCUCCCACAGAGAACACCAACAAGAAUAAUCCUUCUGAGCAGAAAGACUCUGAUGCUACUGAAGGGUCUGGGUGGACAGCUGUGUUUGAGCCAGUGAAUUCAAAGCCCCCAGCCCCCUGUGUGGCCAUGGAUGUUGGAUCAAGUGUGUGGGAUUCAGCAGCGCCAGAGACGGCCACUCCUGAGGAGAAAGGAUGGGCAAAGUUCACAGACUUUCAACCUUUUUGUUGCUCAGAAUCGGGUCCCAGAUGCAGUUCUCCUGUGGAUACUGAAAGCAGUGACUCAGAAGGAAACCCCAAGCAGAGUCAGGACAAGACCUUUAGCGCUGCCUCCCCCUGUGUUUGGAAUGUCUGCGUGGCAAGGAAGGCACCUCUGGUAGCUUCAGACAGCAGCUCCUCUGGCGGGUCAGACAGCGAGGAAGAGGAUAAAGCUGAUAUCGUCACAGAGACCAUCAGUACAGGUUCAGGCCAGGAGACCAUCAAACUGACCAUGGACGCUAAGAACGAGAAGGCUGUGUUCACCAGAAUAUUUAGACCUUCAGUCAGAGGCGACGCCGACUGCCUGGUUAUUGACAAGCUGACCAUCACCGACAUGGGGACGGCCAAGGCAUCCAAACCACUGAACAGCGUGUCCCAGCAUUCUGAGGAGCGCCAGCACACUGCCGCCGGCGGUGCAGCUACCACGGAAAGCACAACAAAAGACAGGAAAGAGGAGGUCUUGCCAUGUGCUGAAGCCACAUUAAAUGGUCCUGCUUGAUGAAGCAAGUGCAAUGGGACAUGUCUGACCCAGGCCAGGAUGUACCUGGUGAUGCAAUUUGUCAAGUUUUUUUUUUUCAUUUUAAUUUUAUUUUUUAAUAAAUGCUGCAUUGAUGAGAGAGCUGGCAUUGAGGACCAGACACGCGAUUUCAGCACCAACAAUCUGUUCCGGAAGACACUCGUAUUGUCUAAAUGUAGCAUUGAUCAGUUAGUCAUCACAGGAGUGACUCGGUCCUACCCAAGGAAGCCUUCUGCCUACUUUGAGUACCUUGUCCCCCUCCCUCUUCCCUGGGUUUUGUUUUCUCUUUGGGGUUCAGUCCAGUUUUCGUAGUGUUACUGCACACAGUAUUCAGCUUCUCUUCGGAAAGGUAGCAGGUCUAGCGCCGGGACUUGGACGGUGCACAGUAAGUCCUGCAGUCGUGUGACCAAAGUUCCCGAUGGAGCUGCCUUUGGGCAGCGUUUGCACCGCUUUUGUAUAGCAAUAAAGCCUUAUCAGAAACAUUUCAUAGGAGGUAAAGAUAAAGCAAACACUUUAAAUGGGCUAAGGCUGGGAGGGCUGGAGAUUUUGGGGGGCGGGAGGAGGUGAGGGGGAAGAGCAAAGUUUUUGUAGCACUGAACUGUCUUGAGCAGUGGGCUGGCUCUGCCUUCCUGUGAGUUGCACCGUGCUCUGUGUCCGGGGCGUGACCACAGGAUCUUGGAACCUUUAGCAACUGCUUAUUUCCGUCCGAGCCAUCCAAACUCAGCCCUCUGGAUGUCGUCCUGCGUUGGUCUGGCGAGCAUGCCAAGAAGGUGGAAUCCUGCUGAUUGGACACGCACCCCCGGAACGCUGCCACGCCGGGACAGGAGCUGACUUGGCACAAACAGGUUAUCAGGUGCUUGCUGGCUUUUUGGAGACUGGUGUAUUUUCAAAUCGAUCUGGGAAUCGUUUUGUUCUGUUUUUAAAGUUUUUAAUGGAUGCAGGAACAGCAACACUUUUGCACUUUGUACCUAGUGAUAGCAUUGGAGAAUGAUGUGGGCCCAGCACAGGACUCCUGCUGUUACAUCCUGUGUAGGCAGCUGUGGCAGGGCUGGGGAGGCACACUGCUCCCAGGAACUGAGAGGUAGAACAGUGCAGAGAGAAGGACGACGCCCAGAACUGCCCUGGAGCGAGGUCACGUAAGAUACUUGACCCUGGAACAGAGGAGCCUCUGCAUAAACAUGGAGGGCCCAGCCAGUGCUGGCGUCCGUGAGCUUGUUCUCAGCCUAGAUCGUAUGGGUGUAGAAGAUGGGCCACUUUUAGCACCAGGCUCAGGCCCAUAACAGCAGACUGCCAUAAGCAGGACUCGGUCUUUACUCCUGUAGGCCUUAGACACGGAGCUGGGCUUGCUGUUGUGUGUAAGUUGUGUGCCGAAACCCGCCUGU